UAUACUUAUCAUACAACUGGUUAUCCAUAUAAGAACCAAGCGUAUUAGGGUUUGUAGGGUUUUAUUCAAGAGAAACCUGUUUCAGCAGCCGCCAUGGUUCUCAAGACUGAGCUUUGCCGAUUCAGCGGUCAAAAAAUUUAUCCAGGAAGGGGUAUUCGAUUCAUCCGAUCCGACUCUCAGGUGUUUUUGUUUGCAAACUCAAAAUGCAAGAGGUAUUUUCACAAUAAGUUGAAGCCGUCCAAGCUCACAUGGACUGCCAUGUACCGAAAGCAACACAAAAAGGAUAUUGCUCAAGAAACGGCAAAGAAGAGGCGUCGUGCCACCAAGAAGCCGUAUUCCAGAGCUAUUGUUGGAGCUACAUUGGAAGUGAUUCAGAAGAAAAGAAGCGAGAAACCUGAAGUUCGUGAUGCUGCUAGGGAGGCUGCUCUUCGUGAAAUCAAGGAAAGGAUCAAGAAAACCAAGGACGAGAAGAAGGCAAAGAAAGCUGAGGUAGUAUCAAAACAAAAGACACAAGGAAAGGGUGGAAAUGUGGCGAAGACAGGUAAGGGACCUAAACUUGGAGGUGGUGGUGGAAAGCGUUGAACUUCCAUACCCUAGGAAAACGUUUGAAUGUUUUAUUUAUCUUUUGUUGAUUCAGAUGUUUUGUUUACCAAUCACAAUCCCGGUUAUGAAACACUUUCUACAUACAAUUGUUUUUGGAUGUGAUAUGAUCUUAGAUUGGGGUGCUUUUAA